AUGGAUGUAGAAGGGUGGGCAGGAUAUAAAUGUCUUAUGAAAUUCAAAGCUCUGAAACAGGUAUUAAAACAAUGGAAUUUGGAGGUGUUUGGGAGGGUUGAACCUAAGUUAAAAAGUCUUGAGGAAGAAGCUCAUGCUUUGGAUUUGCUAGCUGAGGAAAGGCCAUUGCUUCCCACAGAAUCAUGUAGAAGUAAGGAAAUUAGGGGUGAAACUUGGAGAUUGAACAAAAUGUUAGAAUGGAUUUGGCUACAGAAAUCUAGACAAAACUGGGCUCUGAAAGGGGACAGAAAUACAAAGUUUUUUCACAUCAUGGCAUGUAGCAGAAAUAGUAGAAGCACCUUGGGCUCACUAUUUGUGAAUGGCUCUCGGAGUGAGGAGCCUAGGGAGGUUCAGGCUGCAGUUUUUAAUCACUUUUCCAGGCUCUUUUCUGAAUCUUGGGGAUCCAGACCUAAACUAUCUGGCCCCUUUAAGAACAUUGGUAGUGCACAAGCUAUAGCCUCGUUAGAGGGUGAGUUCACUGAAGAGGAAAUUAAACGUGUCAUCAUGACUUGUGAGGGCAAUAAAGCCCCUGGGCCUGACAGUUUUAACAUGGCAUUCUUUAAGAAAUGUUGGAGCAUUGUGAAAUCCGAUGUGGUUAAUUUCAUAAUGCUGCAGAACUUUUAUGUUAAUAACUCCACUAUUGUGUUGGGGGAUGGUAAGAGAUCUUUAUUCUGGUGGGAUAAAUGGGCAUGA